AUGUCCGCCUCGUUCUCGCUGCCGACACCCCCUUCCCUCGACUCGACGAUUGGCGCCGAGCUCGUCGGACUCGGCGUCUCGCUCGCGCUCUAUGGCGCGACGACUGGCCAGCUGUUCUGGUACUUUCGGAAGCUCGACGGGUUGAGCCUGAGGAAGUGGAUGGUCUACUACGUUGGACGGGCGUUUAUAGGUCGUGGCGUUAUGGCAGCAAAGCAGCUGCAGGAAGUCUUAUGCCGCUUUUCCCAUACCAGGUUGUUGGGAACCGCGCAUGUUAUGCUCUGCUGUUACCUGCUGAGCAGAUACGUCGUCAUCGGAAGGGGUGACCUUGUCGCCAUCUUUGGCUCCACGAAGAUUUACGCGGCAAGUGCGACGACGUCGGUCGUCAGCAGCGGCAUGGUCCGGUUUGGAUACUUCUACAGAAUCUGGAAAUUCAACCGCAGGCGAUAUCUCACCUUGAUAAUUCCGGGUGCUGUCUUGGCAUUACUGGUGGCUGCAGUGUCCCUUUAUGCGCACCUGACCUGGACGUUCUUCCUCGCGUCCGGCGCGGAGAUGGCUAUCGACUUCAUGAUCUCCUUUGCCGUCUUUGCGUCUUUCCUGCGGUUCUACACCGGGAUCAAACGAUUGGACCUGUUGAUCCGGACCAUCGUGGUCUUUGCACUCAGCACGGGCUCGCUCAACGUCAUCCUAUCGACUUGCAGCAUCAUCCUCUUCAGUGUGCUUCCGUCGAGCUACGCGUUCAUCGCCGUGUUCUGGGUCUUCAACCAACUCGAGAUCUGCUCGUUUUUCGCCGUGCUCAACGCCGAGAAGGAGCUCGUGCACCGCUCGCUGAACCACGCCCGGCUCGCGCGCGGGGCGGCGGGCGAGACGAUCCAGCUCACGACGAGGGUCGAGCUCGGCUCGUUCGCGGGCACGCUGCCGCCGUCGAUGGGCGGCGUGGAGGAGGGCGAGUCAGAUUGGGGAGGGUCGAGUCGGUUGGGGUCGGCUGGGCAACUUUGCUGCGAGUAUGGGUACGGGCGGAGGGGAUGCGCGAUGGGUUCGGAGGCGAGCGCGGGGAGGGGGAGGGGGAAGGGGGUGAGGCUGAGCGGCGUGGAUUUUGUGGAUGGGAGACGCGCCGCGGCCCCGCCCGCGUCGCGGACAGGUCGAGUACCGAGUCAGAGUGGGGCGAAGCUCGCGAUCGAUGCGCCGCGUGCUCGUCUCGUCGUGGCUGGAGAUCGCGCCUCUGCCACGACGGACGACGGAGGGCUCGAUGCGCAUCGCACUAGCGUCAACGCAGAUGUGUCGGGCUCAUCGGAGGCAAGAGCGCUGGCUGUUAAUGUCGAUGGCCCUCGAUAG